AUGCACCAAGACAACGAAUCGGGUUCGGGUUCGGGCUCGAAUCCGGGUUACGGGUCGAACUACUUGAUUGUCCGGCCUCACCGAGGUGGGUACACCGACUUAUUCCGAUACGGUGUGAGAGGCGACGAAGCGAGCAAGGCAAAGUUCCUGGAAUGGCCUGAGCACAGAAGUCGGAGCACGGCGGUGAUUGACGAGGAAGCUGAAGAUCGCCGUUGGGUAAUCGUUGUUUCGAUCCUGGUCCGUAAGAUCAUCGGACUUCUCCGAACGCCGAUGGAAAUCACAGGUCGCUUCGUUGACUUCUUCCUCAAUCUCUUGUCUGCGAACGGUGGCUUCUUCGGUUUGCUUCUCCGGAUAAUCCAAGCGAAAGUUGUGAUACCAGAGAGAGGCUCUGUGACGUUUAUUAGCACAAUUGGUCAUCUCGAUGGUCGAAUUGAUCUGUAUAAAGGAUGGAAUUUCGUCGAACAGUUGGUGAGCAUAGACUCGGUCAAUUCCGGUUCGCCUGGAAGCGUCGGAAUCGAGCCGGGAAGUCGUGGGCUUAUGGAUUUGUGUGUGAUGGCGUCGAAGCUUGCGUAUGAAAACGCCAAGGUUGUUGAAAACGUCGUUAAUCUCCAUUGGAAGAUGAAUCUGGUGGAGUUCUUGGAUUGUUGGAAUGAGUAUCAGGAGCAGUUGUCUACACAAGUCUUCAUACUCACGGAUAAGCAGAAAGAUGCAAACUUGAUCCUAGUCAGCUUCAGAGGCACUGAGCCGUUUGAUGCGGACGAUUGGGGAACCGAUUUCGACUACUCUUGGUACGACAUUCCCAACGCAGGAAAGCUUCACAUGGGUUUCAUUGAAGCCAUGGGUUUAGGCAGCAGAAACGACACUCCCACUUUCCAUUACCAUCUUUUAGCACAAACCUCCUCCGACUCCGAGGAAGAGAGUCAUAAGAGGAGGAAUGUCCUAGAGAUGGGAAAGAGAAGCGCUUAUUACGCUGUUCAGAAAACUCUGGAACGUCUUCUCUCGGAACACGAGAACGCGCAGUUUGUAGUCACGGGGCAUAGCUUGGGAGGUGCUUUGGCGAUACUGUUUCCCACGUUGCUUGUGUUGAAAGAGGAAACGGAGAUGAUGAAGAGGCUGCUUGGAGUUUACACGUUUGGACAACCGAGGAUUGGGAACAGAGAGAUCGGGAGUUUCAUGACAGCUCAGCUAAAUCACCCCGUGGACCGGUACUUUCGAGUUGUGUACUGCAACGAUCUUGUCCCGAGGUUGCCUUACGACGACAAAACGUUCCUCUACAAACAUUUCGGAACUUGUCUUUACUAUGACAGCUUCUACAACGAGACAAAAGCAGAGGAUGAGCCGGAUCCGAACCCUUACGGUAUGCGUUACGAGAUUCUUGGCCAUGUGAACGCGGUUUGGGAGUUGGUUAGAGGCUUGACGAUGGGGUAUAUUUAUGGACCGGGUUAUAGAGAAGGUUGGUUUAGGAUCUUGUUAAGGCUCGUGGGACUGUUGAUUCCAGGUCUAUCGGAUCAUUGCACGAAUGACUACGUUAACUCGGUUAGGCUUGGACCGGAUUAUGAUCUUCAGAUGUCCCCUCUUUGA